AAUGAUCAUUAAAAGUGUCCCUCUUCUUACUGUUCUCCUAAUAAACUACGUAUCUAUCACUCUCAUGAUAAACAGGGUUACCCAGAUAUACGACGCAGGUGCCUGUAUCUACUUCUAUUUGGCCUUCAACUACACCGGAGUCGGUAAUCCUAUGCAGGCCUUUGAAGAUAUUGAGGCCUCGGCUAGAGAAGAGAUCCUGGCCAGUGGAGGGAGCCUCUCACACCAUCACGGAGUCGGUAAACUUCGAAAGCGUUGGAUACCAGGAACCCUUGGCCCUGUUGCCAUGGAUAUGCUGAGAGCCGUCAAAUCAAACAUCGACCCACAAAAUAUUUUCGGUUGCGGGAACCUCCUUCCCAACUAGCAAUAUUAUACGUAUAUACACCCCUGAUUAAUUUUACAUCUCUUCAAAAUUUUCCCCCCUUUUACAUAUUUUUGUACGAUUGUCACAAACAUUUGACUGAAUCACAGAACAUGAAGGACACUUGUAAACGGUUUUCAAAGUGUGGUUUCAUGAAUUUUUGGUAGCUGCAUAGAUAAAGCGUCGUUUCACGACUGCCUGGUAGUGGCAGCUGCAAAUUCGAGUGACUUGACGGCCAUCUUCAGAGCUCCCUCAAACGUCUCGCUGCCUCCUAUGAACCCACUGUUGU